CACGGGAAGCUGCUGCCGCCUUUGUGAGGCAACUGCGGGAUCACGCACCCUCCUUGGCCUCCUCGCGCAGCUUCGGGUCCGUCGGCUUGCCCUUGGACGACGGCAUGGCGGAUUCUUUCCAGGCGAGGUUGCGAGAGCGAGAGCUGGGAGCGAAGCGAGUUCAAGGCUAGGAAGCGAGCAGCAGGCAAGAAGACGAAGAUGAAGCAGUUGCAAAGAACGGGCGAGACAGGUAUGGGAUGCAGGUGGAGGGAAGGCAAGCCGCUGAGCCGCCGGGAGCUCGAGACGACAACACGGCGCCGGGCGGGGACGAGGCGCGCGGGCGCCCCGGGCCGCCAUCCCAUCCACCCCCCGACACGGCUCAGCUGCAGCCGCUCUCUCCAGCGGCCUCCCUCUCCGCCGCUUGCUGACCAAACUGCCGGAUGCGCGCGCAGCGGGACGUUGGCGCGGCCCUUCGCCCACAUCCAGGCAACACGCGUGCUCGACGCGACGCGGCUGCAUCAUCAGCGCGGCCUCUUCGCCUUCCCCGCUCGACCCUGCGGCGUCCGAAUCCACCACGCGCGCGCCGCCUCGCCCUCCACCCGACUCGCAUCAGAAUGCGCCUCAUUUGACAGCAGCAGCAGCCGCUCCGCACCCGUGUUCUCUGCGAAGAGCACCUUCAGCAAGGCUUCGUUGUUCUGGGUGCUGCCAGGUGCGCAACGGUGGCGCAGCGCUCGGCCUCCGCGACGCGCGGCCUCCGGCGCUCGAGCGCGCUACGUCACCUCGUCCGUCGUCACCCGCACGAGUGCCCUCGCUCUGACUCCGCCAGCGCUUCCGGCCGUCUUGAGAAGGCAUCGCUCCUGCAGCCGCUGAGGCGGCAAGGGUGCAUUUAGCAUCGAGAGUCGGCAGCGGGCGUGACACGCAGCAGCAAGGCACCGAAGCGCAGCAUGCGAUGUCCAGAUGGGGCAGGCGUGCG